GGCAGCCACGGUGAACCCAUACAAGCAGCGGUAGCUUUGGGUCGUCGAGACGUGGUGGAAUUCUUCCUUGACAAAGAAGUGGACCCAAACAUGAUGGUUUGGCAAACAUAUACAGCAUACGGCACCCCUUUGAUGACAGCUUCAGCUCAUGGCCAGACAGAAAUUAUUGAGUUACUGCUCGAGCGUGGUGCAGAGGUCAAUGCCAUUUGGUCCAUGCCACGCCUUCAUCUCGGACGAUGGCGUUUUAACGCGAUAGGUCCGGCACUUGAAGAAGCAUCAGGAAAUGGACACCCUGAAACCGUCAAACUUCUCCUUAGCUAUGGAACCGAUUUGAGUUUUCCUCUACGUGGCGAGGACUUUAGAUUUGCACUGUGGAGAGCAGUAGCUGAAGGACACGAGGAGAUAGUGCGGCUGCUUCUUAAUAUAGGCGCCGACCCGAAUUCUUCAGAUGAGACUCAAAUGCCAGCACUAUACGCAGCAAUUAUUGUGGGUAGUGAGAAGAUCGUUCAGCUUCUUCUGGACGCGGGGGCGGAUAUUCACGCUCGGUUCCGGGGGGAAUCGGCACUCUCAGCGGCGGCAGCAGGCAACCACCUUGAAGUCGUCGAGUCAAUCCUCGAC